AUGAGUCUUCUACUCUUGAUGCUCAUCAUUUUUAAAUCUCCACAAACUUUACGCAUUUAUAGCAUUUUCCUUAUUAAUUCGACAUUGGGUGACCUUGUGUUCGCUUUUUCGACGGCAAUGGCACAAAUUAGAAUUAUUCCCAACAAAUGGGCGUUUGCCUACGUAUCGUUAGGACCCGGCGGAUGGAUUGCUGGUUCUGAGGGUGGUUAUUUCUUCUACUGUCUUAUGCUUCACUCAUUAUUCUACAUGUUCCUCUGCUUUCCAAUCUCGUUCGGAUUCCGCUACUGGAUUCUCGUUCGUCAGAUGCCGAACAAGUCCUCGUGCAUUCUAUUCUGCUUCAGUCUAUGGUUACUAGCUCUAACCCAACAUGUACUGUUCACAUUAUCCAGAGCAGAUUCCGUUGAAAUUCGAAAGUAUCUGAAGGCAAACCAACCCCAAUACGACUUAGAUCAAUUUUUUGUUUCUGGAAAUUUUAUGAUCAAUUCUCCUAUGACAUGCAUUGUGCUAGCAACAAUAGUUCUUCCAAUGUUUCCAAUAUAUGUGCUGAUUAUAUAUUUCUACAAAAAAGUGAAUUUCUAUCUUAUGUCUAACAUCGCGCAAUUAAGCGAAGAAACACUAAGAGGGCAUAAGAAGUUGAUUGAAGUGCUCAGCAUUCAAGCAUCUCUUCCUCUUCUUUUCAUAUUUCCGCCAAUUACGCUUUAUGGUUUAUAUCAUUUGGAAAUUGUCAAUUUUCAAGCAUCCGAGUAUUUAGUUUACACAAUUUUCAGCUUUCUGCCUAUUACAUCUCCUAUGAUAUCAAUCAUCUAUAUUAAACCCUAUAACACUGCUUUCCGAAAAACGUUUUGUCAUUACCAAGUGAUGCCAAUGUUGAAAAAAUCAGUGGUCACCAUAUAUGGAGAAGCUCAAUCAACUCGACAUUCCUCAACGAGAUUUGAUUGA